AUGGUGCUAUUAAACAAGAGGAAAGAAGUGUUGCGACUAUAUCGAAACAUUAUUCGAACCACACGCAUGUUUCCGCACCGAAAUGAGCAGGGACAAAUUUGGUCCGAUGUGUUGCAGAAGAACGCGCGUAUGGAGAUCGAGCAGAAUCGCCACGAAAAGGAUGGUGAGACCAUCUCCAAGCGCAUUCUUUUUGGUUGGAAGUGCUUGCAAGAAGUGCAGGAAAAGAUGAUGAAGAAACAGCAGGAAUUCAAUGAUAAACCAUUCAAUCAGAACAUUAACAAGAAGGAAUGA